CCCAGCCCGAGGGCGUAAAUAAACAUCCACCCCCGCGGGUCGGGGAGGGGAUUCUUCUCACAGAACGAGCCGGCACUCGGCUGCCUUCAUCGCCCGGGCCCCCGCCGGGCGGGGCGGUGGCAGGCUGAGUUACCAGGUGUACCAAUAACAACAUGUUCUAGAAGACUGAAUGAUUCAAGUUUCAUUUAGCUUCUGACCCCUGAGUUCAUCCUGGAAAAUGGUGUUCCAGAAGUCACCAGAUGGCGGAUGGGGUUGGAUGAUAGUACUUGUAUCAUUCUUUACCCAGUUCUUAUGCUAUGGAUCUCCAUUAGCUGUUGGAGUCCUUUAUCUAGAGUGGCUGGAUAUUUUUGGAGAAGGAAAAGGGAAGACUGCAUGGGUUGGAUCCCUUGCAAGUGGAGUAGGACUACUUGCAAGUCCUAUUUGCAGUACUUGUGUAUCUGCGUUUGGAGCAAGAUCUGUGACCAUCUUCAGUGCCUUUAUGGUUGCUGGGGGCCUGAUGAUGAGCAGCUUUGCACCUAAUAUCUACUUCCUGUUUUGUUCCUAUGGAAUUAUUGUUGGACUUGGAUGUGGUUUACUGUAUACAGCAACAGUAACUAUCACAUGUCAGUAUUUUGAAAAACGCAGAGGCCUUGCACUUGGUCUAAUUUCGACAGGAUCCAGCGUAGGACUUUUUAUAUACGCGGCUCUACAAAGAGAACUCAUCGAACUGUAUGGAUUGGAUGGGUGUUUGCUUAUUGUUGGUGCAUUGUCUCUAAAUAUAUUAGCCUGUGGGAGUCUAAUGCGGCCUUUGCAGCCGUGUGGUUCUGCCUUACCAGAGAAGCCAAAUCUUGAGAAGGUUCCGGAUCAAUACCUCAUUUAUAAUGGAAAAGAAAAGAAUGUUUAUGAAGAGAACAUAAACAUACUUGAAAAAGCCAGUAAUGAAGGAAAAGAUGUGAGUAAAACAUCUUGUGGUGAUUGCAAACAGGAUUCUCUUAUAACUAAGAACAGACUCUUGUCAAUAACAGCAAGAGAAACUGACACUUACAAAAAGAAAGUUGCAGAGCGGACUUAUUUCUGUAAACAGCUUGCCAAGAAGAAAUGGCACCUGUAUUUGGACUACUGGGAGGAAACCGUGGCUCUCUUUAAAAACAAAGUAUUUUCAUCACUUUUUAUUGCCAUCUUCUUCUUUGAUAUUGGUGGUUUUCCUCCUUCAUUGCUCAUGGAAGACAUAGCAAGAAGUUCAAAUAUCGGUGAAGAAGACUGUGUCAUUCCUCUCAUUUCUAUAAUAGGCAUUAUGACUGCCAUUGGCAAACUUGUUUUAGGAAUAUUAGCCGAUUUUGACUGGGUUAAUACUUUAUAUCUAUAUGUCCUGACAUUAAUCAUGACUGCAGUGGCACUAGUUUUAAUUCCGUUUGCCCAAACUUACAUUACACUGGCAAUACUUUCAGGGGUUUUAGGUUUUCUGACAGGCAAUUGGUCAAUUUUCCCAUAUGUCACAACAAAGACUGUCGGAAUUGAGAAAUUAACACAUGCUUAUGGCAUAUUGAUGUUUUUUGCCGGACUUGGAAACAGUCUUGGACCACCGAUUGUAGGUUGGUUUUAUGACUGGACAAAGUCUUAUGACAUAGCAUUUUACUUUAGUGGACUUUGUGUUCUGUUUGGAGGGCUGCUAUUGUUGGUGGCAACACUGCCAUGCUGGAACAGUGUGAACAGCAGCAAUCAACCUGAAAAGCCACUUCCAAAUAUUUACGCCUACAAGGUUGCAUCCGGAGUGUAGGUGAAAGUGUGGAACAUCUGCUUCUCUUUUUAUACUGCACAGCAAGAUAUUUUUUAGAAAUCUUUCCAAUUAUUU